AUGUCGACUGGCUCAAGAAUCUCCACAGGUUCAAGCAAUCACAGAGUAGAUAAGGAAGUCCUCUGUGAUUGUAAACUCCCUACAAGAAUUCGUACCUCCAAGACCAAAGAUAACCCUGGAAAGAAAUUCCGAGUGUGCCCUAACUCAUUGAAACCAGGGAAAAAGUGUAAAGUUUGGGAAUGGAUUGAUGAAGAACCUGAGAAUAUGAAGCCCAUUGCAGAAGAUACUCUUUCAGAUGUUGCAGAUUAUCUUAUACAAGUUUUAGAGGAUGUGGCAUCUAUUAGAGAAGAAGUGAAACAGUUGAAGGUUAUGGUUUGUGUACUGAUUCUGCUGGUCAUUGUUAAGGUUGUGUUUUGGGGUUGA